AUGUAUUCCUCGGCGCCAACGUUGGAGCCAGUUACAACAGUUUGCAAAGGAGACUUCAACCCAAACAUAACUUAUCUGAAGACAUUGCUAACAAAAAGGCUGUACGGUCAACCUCUAGUGCGAAAUGUAGUGGUCAAGGCGAUUCAGAGCCACUUGACCACCACAAAACCAGACAAGGCCCUGGCCCUCUCCUUCCACGGAUCGUCAGGAGUAGGAAAGACCUUCGUGACCACCAUGAUUGCGAAAUCAAUCUUCACUAGCGGAAUGGAGUCUCCCCAUGUACACUACUACUCAGCGGAGGUCGAUUUUAAACACGCCGAUGAACUUCACAUAAGGGAGUACAAGAAACAGCUCCGCCAUGAUAUUUCCACAGCCGUGCGUCGCUGCCAACAUGCCAUGUUUAUAUUUGACCAUGUGGACAGGAUGCCGCGGGACCUUAUUGACACCAUCAAGCCGUUCCUAGAAGAGUACACCAGGGUGGACGGAAUUAACUUUAGAAAAGCAAUCUUUAUUCUAAUAAGCCAUUCGGCCUCUGAUGCAAUAAUCAACAUGACGAUGAAGUUAAGGUCGGAAGAAAUCGAAAGAGAGGAAUUUUCCCUGGAGGGAUUUGAGGAAGCUAUAACAAAAAGCGCCUUGGGGAGACAAGCCUGGUGUUCUGAUCUAAAAAUAGACUGGUACCACGACCACCCAGUGACCGGCUACUACCGCAAGAUACAGACAUAUCUUCACAGGCCAGUUUAUAAACACGAGGAAAAAGAACAGUACAUAUACUUCAACGGCACGCACUGGAUACUGCACCUUGAGACGAGAAGCGCUGGUAGGAUAUUGAUGUAUGUGAGAGACAAACCCAUGCGACCUGAAGAGGUGAGGAAGCCGUGGAGGGUGAUCCAGAAAGACCACGUGACCUUUGGUGACGCCCCCGAAAUCCGGCUAACCUGCUCCGGGCACCUCCCCUGGCAAGAAGAACUUCUUACCCAGGGUCUGAUUGACCACGUGGUUCCCUUCCUGCCCCUGUCCGUGGAACAUGUGGAGAUGUGCAUCAGAGACGUGCUACGGGAGAUGGGCAAGGAAACUAACAUGACUAUGGUGUGUACGUUUCUCAUUGUUAGGCUUUCUACCUGCCUGAUCAAAAGUCCCUCAAACUGGUACUGGUAA